AUGAGACUUUCCACCGCAGCCUACUUGGCUAGUCUUGCCGCUCUUCUCCCCUCGGUCAUCGGCGCCCCAGCUGCUGGGCUUGCAGACCCCAUUGUCGCUCGGGGUAGUGAGGAGGAUGCCGCCGCAAAACUGGAUGAGCUGCAGCAGCAGGCGCUCGACACAACGCUCGCUGCACUUGAGGCCGACGCAGCCCAAAUGCAGAAGCGUGGACAAACACCCGCAUGCACAGUCAAGAACCUGCAGAUCAGACGGGAGUUUGGCAGCAUGGCGAAAGCCGACCGCAAGGCCUACACAGAUGCGGUCCAGUGCUUGCAAAGCAAGCCAAACAAAACUCCCGCUAGUGUCUCCUCGGGUGCCAGAUCUAGAUUCGAUGACUUCAUCGUAACUCACAUUCAGCAAACCCCUUUCAUCCAUUACAGUGGUACCUUCCUUGGGUGGCACAGGUACUACGUUCACGUGUAUGAGCAAGCACUCCGCACUGAAUGUGGCUACAAGGGACCAAUUCCCUACUGGGACUGGCCAAAGUAUGCGAGCGCUCCCCAGAACUCGCCGAUCUUCAACGGAGACGCCUAUUCCAUGGGUGGAAAUGGAAAGCUCAUCCCUGGUCAUGAAGGAAUCACGCUCCUGCCUGCGUUCGAUGGCCUUGGAUCCGAGCCCAUCUACCUGGCACCAGGCCUCGGUGGAGGAUGCGUCGAGAACGGCCCGUUCAAGAACAUGGCUGUCAACCUUGGUCCUAUCGGGUUGGCCAACUCGACUACCGGCCCUGAAAACGGCUUGGGAUAUAACCCGAGAUGCUUGAAGAGAGAUGUCGGUCCCGCCAUUGCCACCAAGUACACCAACUAUGCCCUUGUCCUGAAGGCCCUGUUGAAGGGUGACAUUGCAUCCUUCCAAUUGGAGCUGCAAGGUACUCCAGGAGAGAACACCAUCGGCCCUCACGGAGGCGGUCACUACACCAUCGGUGGUGACCCAGGUGGAGAUCUCUUCGUCUCUCCCGGAGACCCCGCUUUCUAUCUUCACCACGCCCAAGUUGACCGUCUCUGGACCCUCUGGCAAGCUCUUAGCCCCGCGACGCGCACCUUCGCUCUCGCAGGAACCAACACCCUUCUCAACAUCCCACCAUCCGAGGACACCACUCUGGACUUCACCAUCAACACCGGAUAUGCUGGAGGAACGACCUUAGCUAUGCGUGAUAUCAUGAGCACCACCAAGGGCCCCUUCUGCUACAUUUACUUGUGA